AUGAUUUCUUUAGCAGAAUCAUUUGCCUUUCUUGACUCACCAUCAAUUAAUUGGAAAACAAUUAUUAUUGGUUUUACCGUUGGUCAAUAUGUUUUCGAGACUUACUUAGAUCUUAGACAAUAUAGAGUUUUGCAACUGAAAACAGCACCAAAGUCGAUCGAAAAAGAAGUUUCACAAGAAACAUUUGACAAAUCCCAAGAGUAUUCCCGUGCCAAAGCACAGUUUUCAUUUUUUUCUAGCACGUUCAGCUUGUUGCAGAAUUUGGCUAUUUUGAAAUAUGACUUGUUACCUAAAACCUGGACAUUGGCUGGUACUAUCAUGAAAGGCUGUGCUGCGAUUUUACCCAAGGCUAUGAGCGGUGUUAUUACUCAAUCACUUUUUUUUGUUUUCACCACCCAAAUCUUGACAACAUUGAUUGGAUUACCAUUAAGCUACUAUAAGAAUUUUGUGUUAGAGGAGAGAUUUGGAUUCAACAAGCAAACAAUUGGUUUGUGGGUUAGUGAUAUGUUAAAAGGUAUUGGUAUCUCUAUAGUUUUGGGAUCGCCAGUUAUUGCUGGGUUUUUGAAAAUCAUUGAAUACUUUGACGAUAAGUUUAUUUUCUACCUCAUGGGGUUUAUUUUAGUAGUCAACUUAAUUGCAAUGACUAUAGUUCCAACAUUGAUUAUGCCGUUAUUCAACAAGUUUACUCCUUUGGAAGAUGGUGAAUUGAAAACUGCCAUUGAAAAAUUAGCGUCAGAACAAAAAUUCCCAUUGACAAAAUUGUUUGUCAUUGACGGAUCAAAAAGAUCGUCCCAUUCAAAUGCUUAUUUCACAGGAUUGCCAUGGAGCAAACAAAUUGUUUUGUUUGACACUUUAAUUGAACACAAUUCAACUGAAGAAACUGUUGCGGUAUUAGCUCAUGAAAUUGGACAUUGGAAAUUGAAUCAUUUGCCAAAGAUGAUAACUAUGAUGCAGGGCCAUUUGUUCCUAAUUUUUUCCUUGUAUUCGGCUUUCAUUCACAACAAGUCAUUAUACACAAGUUUUGGAUUUAUCAAGCAACAGCCAAUUUUGAUCGGAUUUAUGUUAUUCAAUGAUAUUUUCCAACCAGUAGAAUGUCUCUUGACAUUUGUCCAGAACUUGAUUUCAAGAAAGCAUGAAUACGAGGCAGACAAAUAUGCUAGCGAUUGUGGGUAUUCUGAGGAAUUGAGCAGAUCAUUGAUCAAGUUAUCUAAUGAGAACUUAUCAAGUAUGAAUGCUGAUUGGUUGUUUUCCUCUUACCAUUAUUCUCAUCCUAUCUUACCAGAAAGAUUAAGUGCAUUGGGAUACGUUUCAAAGGUAAAGGUCAAGAAGGAUGAAUAA